AGCACGGCGGCUCCGCCCCCUGCGUCUCUGGCCUCGCUGGCCUUGGGGGGAUGGUUUCAUCAUGGCGUCAAUGCAGAAACGACUACAAAAAGAACUGUUGGCUUUGCAGAAUGACCCACCUCCUGGGAUGACGCUAAAUGAAAAGAGUGUUCAGAACUCAAUCACACAGUGGAUCGUAGACAUGGAAGGUGCACCAGGUACCUUAUAUGAAGGAGAAAAGUUUCAACUUCUGUUUAAGUUUAGUAGUCGAUAUCCUUUUGACUCUCCUCAGGUCAUGUUUACUGGUGAGAAUAUUCCUGUCCAUCCUCAUGUGUAUAGCAAUGGUCAUAUCUGUUUAUCCAUUCUAACAGAAGACUGGUCCCCAGCGCUCUCAGUCCAGUCAGUCUGUCUUAGCAUUAUUAGCAUGCUUUCCAGCUGCAAAGAAAAGAGACGACCGCCAGAUAAUUCCUUUUAUGUGCGAACAUGUAACAAGAAUCCAAAGAAAACAAAAUGGUGGUAUCAUGAUGAUACUUGUUGAUGCCACUGUUAUCAUCCUCGUAGCAGAAGAUAGUCCUACUGAGAAAAUGAGCACUUUGAUCAUUCAGUCUUUGAACUUUAACCUUUGACUGGAAGUGACCUAUAGGCAAUGAAGACUACUUCCUUUUACUGCAUUUUUACUCGUGUGCAUUCUGGGCGCAUGUUGAUCGCUGGCUCAGUCCAGGCAACUGACAUGCUUUAUUAGUCAUACAGUAUUAAUGCAGGUGUCAGGAAAUGUCAAAUAUAAUUCCAUUUUUUAUUUUUAUUUUUUUAAGCUUUUGGAAAAGUUCCAGGUCCUCAUGUAUUGUGCAAUAACAGUGACUUCCUUGGUGGUCUGGGGACGUUCAUUGCCGGCAAUGGACGUUGUAACAGGAAGAAUUUUCUUAACUCCUGCCACUUGGUGAUUAAUGCAUGAUAGGGCCUAUGAAAUGAAUUUAUCGGUUAUCGUGGGAUUAGAAAGGAAGUGAGGGAUCCAACAUUACAUUGAAAGUCACCCCAACUCUUUAUAUUUGGAUUCUAUGCACUGUGAUCCUAAGGCUAACAGCAUGAAAUAACAUGCAUCUUUAAAGGACCGUAAGAAAGAUCAUUGUGUAUUUAUUUAAUUGUUUAUAUCUGCUGUCAAAUUGUUUUGACAUGGAAAGUUUUCAAGGAACAUUGGCAGAGAGGUACAAUAUGUUAUCCCUAUGGUGAAAAUAAAUUCAUUUGUUGUAUAUAGUCCUCAAUCUCUGAAGUGAAGGUGUGAAUAAUAUAGGGUGUGAAUGGUUUAACCAAGGCUUUAUUUUGGAAGUAAAAAAAUUGGCAGUGAUGCUUAAAUUACUGCCACCCAUCAUUUGGGCCUGUUUUUUUCCCCCCAAGUAUAUUACACUCUGUUACUUCCUGCUAGCCAUCAGCAUGAGCCCUACUGCCUAAACACUAUUUCAUUUAUUUAUGUUUGGAAAUCCAUAAACAUUUUUGUUUGUAAUCUUGUUUCUUUUGUUACAUUUUUAAGUUGUUUGAAUGUUACAAUACUUUAAUUGAAAGACUUUUGUCAAGUUUUUUUCUUGUAAAUUUUCUUUACUUGUAUCAUCUUGUCCUUCAAUCCUGUACCCUAAAAUGAGAAAUACAUUUUUGACAGAGGCUUAAUGUUUUAACAAAAGAGUGUGGACAUUUUUAUUUUAAGAUUUUGACAAAAGAACACCAUAAAAUGCUAUGUUUGCAUAUUUGUCUCACACAACCAUACAGGUUUUCUUGGAAGAAUUUGUUUUAUUUGUUGAAAAGAUUUUGCUUACUGCUAGAUGACGUUUUUCUAUCUGUCUGUCUGUACCUGUCUAUCUAUCUAUAUCUAAUCUAUAAGACGGUUGUUGGAAAGAUUCCAUUCUAAGUACCAUGUACCAUGUAAGUUAAUGAUGCUACAACUAGGUCUUUUUAAGAAGCAAUUAAUGUAUUUUAUAAAUUACCUUUUCACAUAUGCAAGCUCUGUUUCUAUGACAAUGUCAUUUUUACUAAUGCCUUACUGUUGCACUCUUCGAAUAUCCUGCAGUGAAUCUAUUCAUCGAUUGGGGCUUAAAAACUAAAGCCAGUUGGCCGAAAGGUCUGACAUAUGUACCCCCUAAGAUCAUCCAGCUGAUGAUUGGGAAAGAAUAUUUUAAAAAUUGUUUUUAAUCUCUGUGUAGAUGACAUUUUGUAGCUUUGUACAUGUUGUUAAUUAAGGGCAUAUAAUUUUACACUCUAAAAGAUAACUGCUGAACUCAGGGGUGGGUAGACUUCAAAAAUAUGUCUGCUGUAGAAAUAACUUGAAAAAAAAAUUAAAAUUAUGGCCAGCCACCAAAUUGUGGAGCCUGUUUAUACUGCUAGGUAGUAAUGGUCAUUUGUUAAAGAUUGUAAUCAUUUUCUUCUGUCUCGACUGGAUGUGCAUAAGUUCUCACAGUGAUCAUUGUUAGUUUUAUUAGUUGGCCUAUUUAAGACAAAAAAAUCCUUAAAUUCUUAGUUUUCCACUGCUUUUAACAUGGAAUUAUAGCUCUAAAUUAGGUGUUCCCAUGUUGUAUGUCGCUGCUCUAAAACUAAAUAGCUUGAUUUUUUUUUCAGGGUAGGGUGG